CUCAGUUUCUCAUCUUCCUUCUUAAACCAGAGGUCAGCACAGCUCAAAUUACAAGCAAUGAUUCCUAAUGUGUAUUUCUUCUAGAAACUUCACUUGGAAAUGUUGGCAGACCAGCCACGAACAACUAAAUACCACAAUGUUAUCCUGCAGAAUAAAGAAUCCCUGAAAGAUAAAGUGAUUCUGGACGUGGGCUGUGGCACUGGGAUUAUCAGCCUCUUCUGUGCACAUUAUGCACAGCCCAAAGCCGUGUAUGCGGUGGAGGCCAGUGAGAUGGCCCAGCACACAGGGCAGCUGGUCAUGCAGAAUGGCUUUGCCGACAUCAUCACUGUGUUCCAGCAGAAGGUGGAGGACGUGGUGCUGCCCGAGAAGGUGGAUGUGUUGGUGUCCGAGUGGAUGGGGACCUGCCUGCUGGUAAGGGGCACGAGGACGUGCGGGAUGGCCAUGGAUUACACCAAGGAAGUGCAGAUUCCAAGGGGGGGGCGGGGUGUGGACUGGUUCCACAGGGCUGUUGUGAGCAGAACAUCUCGGGGAGGGCUGUGGCUGUCGUCCUAAGUGACACCACCUGGUGCUUCUCCUGGCGCUGACUUCUGUUUAGUGCAGGACAGCCGUGAGGCCGUAACGUCCUGCCACCUGUGACGGCAUGGAUGGACCUUGAAGGCAUUAUGCUAAGUGAAGUCAGACUGAGAGAGACAUAUUGUAUGAUCUCACUUAACAUGUGGAAUCUAAAAACAGCAACAUAAAACUCACCCACCAAGCUCCUAGAAAAAGAGAUCA